GCGGCAUUCAGCAGCCCUCCAAUAUGACCGUUUGCAAGAUUGCAGCAGCUGGGCUGUGCGUGGCGCUUGUUUUAUUUUUAAAUACUGCUCAUUGUACAACUACAAGGUAUUUCACCUAUGAAGAAGACGCACCCGGGACAGAAAUAGGUAAUUUGUCUCAAGAUUUAAAGAUUGAUCCAGCUGAUGACCCUGACACUUCAUUCCGCUUUAUGCAAGAGAAUAACUUUUCUGUGAUUCACAUGAGAGAGAACGACGGACUUCUGAGUGUCGCAGAAAUAAUUGAUCGAGAGCAGCUCUGCCCCAGGACUCCCCGUUGCUUCAUCACCUUCGACAUCGUGGCCUUAUCCAGGGAAAAGUUUCAACUCAUUCACGUGGAGAUCGAGGUGAAAGACAUCAACGACCACUCUCCCAAUUUUCCUCUCAACGAGACAACUCUGGAGAUAGUAGAAAAUGUGCCACUGGACACUAGAUUCCCUCUGCAAAUCGCCCUCGACCAGGACGUGGGAGACAACUACAUCCAAAGCUACAACACUUCCUCCUCCAGCCAUUUCUCCGUUGAAGUACGCGAUCAGGAGGAUGGGGUGAAGUUUGCUGAACUGGUGCUGGUGAGGCAGCUCGACAGGGAGGUGGAGGACUCCUACACUAUUGAAGUCACCGCAUAUGAUGGGGGAAUGCCUGCAAAGUCCGGGUCAAUGACAGUGAAUAUCAAAGUCUUGGACUUUAACGACAACAGCCCGACUUUUGAGCACAGCUCUCUGAAAGUUGAGCUGAAUGAAGACUCUCCGGUGGGCCACCGUGUUCUCAGAGUGCACGCGUUUGACCCCGAUGACGGCAUAAAUGGCGAAGUGAUGUAUGCGUUCUCCGACGGGCUGUCGUUAGAAGCUGCGCGCCUUUUCCACCUCGACCCCCACUCCGGUGACGUGACCCUGAAGGCGCUUGUCGAUUUUGAGAAGAGGAGGUCAUAUGAGCUGAGCAUCAAAGCGUCUGAUUUAGGCGCGAACUCUGUCCCCUCCACCUGCAAAGUUGUGAUAGAUAUCGUGGACGUGAACGACAACGCACCAGAAAUCAGCAUCAAACCCAUGACCUCCAGCAGUGAUGGAGUCGCCUAUAUCACGGAAGCUGCAGCUGCAGAGAGCUUCGUGGCUCUGAUCAGCACCUCGGAUAGAGACUCUGGCUCCAAUGGGUACGUGCGCGUUAGUCUGCUCGAGCACGAGCAUUUCACCCUCCAGCAGGCAUAUGGAGACACAUUCAUGAUCGUUACCACCACCACUUUAGACAGAGAGAAGAUACCAGAGUAUAACCUGACUGUGGUUGCAGAAGACCUGGGAAACCCACCUUUCAAAACUAUCAGACAGUACACUAUCCGUGUAACAGAUGAGAAUGACAACUUCCCUCUGUUCAGUAAGCCACUUUAUGAAGUUUCAGUCCUGGAAAAUAACAUCCCAGGCUCAUAUGUGACCACUGUUGUUGCUCGAGAUCCUGAUAUGGGAAAAAAUGCCAAAGUCUCAUACAAACUCCUCGAUUCAGAGGUAUCAGGCGGCUCUUUAGUGUCCACUUAUGUUUCUGUGGAUUCACUCUCAGGGUCUUUGUAUACUUUAAGGUCCUUUGAUUAUGAGAUGCUUCAGGAGAUUGAGCUGGUCAUCCAAGCAGAAGACAAAGGUUCCCCUGCUCUGUCAAGCACAUCAACAAUCAGGGUCAGAGUUGUGGAUCAAAAUGACAACUAUCCAUAUUUCACCUUCCCUGUCCUUGUGAAUGACUCUGCUGAGAUUCCUUUGCCCUUUAAUGCACCUCCUGGCUAUCUUGCUCUUCGUGUAACAGCUGAAGACGAGGAUGAUGGAGUGAAUGGAGAACUCUCAUACCAAAUUGUGCAAGGUGAUCUGAAGCUUUUUACAAUGAACAAAGACACUGGAGAGAUUGGUUUAAAACAAUGGCUGACAGCUGAAAUUGGGGACGUGCUGGAAAUGAAAAUCGCAGUGAGUGACAAUGCCAGGUCCCCGCUCUCUAGCAGUGCCACUAUUAGGUUUGUCGUCUCAGACACAGAGCCCUCCGAAGACCAAGUUGUCAUUGUGCUGCGGUCAAGUGAUGAAGAAAGCGCCGGCGUUGAUGGCUCACUAAUUAUCAUCAUUAUGCUCGGUGGGGGUUGUGCAUUGUUGCUGAUUGCAAUAGUGGUUGUAGCUGUGACAUGUAAACUCAGACGUGGGGGGAGAAGCCGUGGCGCCAAGAGAGAAGUGUGUCAGAGCCUGUUUGAUGGCAGGCCCCUGCCCAUGCUCAGUUCAACAGAACCAAACAUUUACACAGGUCAAGGAGGCUUCUUCCAUGAGAGGACCUCUUUGUCUCUCGAUGAUUCCUGCCUGUACGAGGAGAGAAGCAGGGACUCUGAGACGAAGAUGUUCCUGCCCUCCAAGCAUUUCCAACCAACAUCUGUGUGGCAAGGUGACAAAUACUGCUUGCAAGUGAGUGGGAUGAGCAACACUGAUCAGCUGAGCGUGAAGGACAGUGGUAAAGGGGACAGUGACUUCAACGACAGUGACUCUGAUAUCAGUGGCGAUGGAGUCAGAAAGAACUUCAGAACCUUCCAGCCGAGGCUAAAGAGUGAGUUUUCCUGUGCAGCUAACGGCUUAUCAGAGGAUUGCCAAGGCACCUACUGUGCAAUACAGCCACAGAGCUUCCGAGCCCUUAGAAACACUGCAUACACAAUAGGCUUUUCCCCAGCGCCUGUCUUCAACAAUCCUCAUGGCUGCCCCGAGUCUUGGAAGGACUCUUGUUAUGGCACAAGUCAGCCCAAGUCCCGGAGCAGCAUGCAGACCUUCUCCAGGACCAGAACCCUUCCUUCCUACUACCCUCAGCAACAACACGAGGCUCGUGGUGCAGUCAGGCAGAGCCCAAAUAUUGUGACUGUGGCUAUAGGUUCGGAAGUUGCAACUGUCUUUUAAAAAAAAAGGUUAUU